UUUAUUUUUGUUAACCUAACCUAACUAUCUUUUCUUCUUUUCUAUGUUUUUGUUAUAAACCGUAUGUAUAAACCUCCUAUUUUCUUUAUUUUUAAAUUCUGUGUCUGUGUCCUACCUUUAUAAUGGAGAUAGAUCCAGAAACACAACAGAAAGUUUAUAUGAAACUAUACACUCAUAUAAAAAACGCACCGCAAUUAAGAGAAAAAUUGGUGAAGGGUGAUUUAAAAUGUACUAUAGUCAAACCUUCAUUGAUAUGUGAUGCUUUUCAAGUCCUUGCUGCAGUUAAUAAGGCGUUUACCAGUGAAAUAUUAAACAGAAAUUGUUAUGUAGAAGUGCUCUAUUGUUUAGGUAAUAGUAAAAAUAACAGUUCCAACUUGGUAACCUUUGGUUUUACAGAUAAUUGUACUAGUGGUUUAGUUGUGACUGUUAGUAAAGGAGAUAAUGAUGAAGACAUUUAUAAACACAUUGAAGGUGAUGAGGUGUCUUUAGAUAGACUAUCUGAAUUUACUGACGAACAGUUGAUAAGGAAAACUUAUAAAAUUGGUGAUAAAGAGGCUAGUGUUACUCCAAUGCUAGAUUCAGUAGUGAGUAGAAUUGCCACCAAAGAUUUUUUAUAGAUUUUUAAAUUGUAAGCUCAUGUAAUUUGAGGCGCUCAGAGCAACAGUGGCCUAAGCCACAAAUUGAACAUUUUUAGAUUAACAUAUCAAUAAAAGCAGCGACAUUAAAUCUUCGAAUUAACAAGGGGGUUCUAGUUCCAAACAAGGGUGUACAGUCUACACAACCUACCUCUAUAUUUGGCUAAUCCCAUAAGCAUAAUGGAAAUACAAAUGCAAAGAUUGUAUUUAUCUCAAAACUUCGUUUUUGGGGUUAGGCCACUGUUACCCUGAGCCCCUCAUUUAUAUUAUAGUGUAAUAAAUUUAUAAACAAUA